AAAAAAAAACGAUCUCGGCGUUUGUAUAUUGCAAAAUGAUCUUACCACCACGUUGAGUAGUUUUGUGCUCUUCUGUUCCUCAAAUCUGGCUUGUUUCGAUGGGGAAAAGGAAAGACACGAUUCAUUCCAGGUUUCUUGGUGAAGGCAGCUCUGGACUGCACAGCAGCCACAAGCGGAAGCACAAAAAACACAAGAAGCACAAGAAGAAGCACCACAGCUUCAGCGAGGCGCCAGAACCGGAGCCGCCGGUCAUCCCACGUCCUCCUCCGCAGCUCCGGCUGAAGAUCAAACUGGGAGGACAGACGCUGGGGACCAAGAGUGUGCCCACCUUCACCGUGCACCCCGGCGUGGCACGUCCUCCCUCACCACUUAUGAUCAUUGAUAACGACGACGAUGAUGAGGAGGAUGAUGAUGACAAUGACGAAGGUGAUGACGAUGACGAGCCCUCCGUGCCUCUGGAGCAGUAUCGGUCUUGGCUGGAUGAAGACAGUAACAUGGCGCCAUCCCCUCUGCCAGACAUGGACUCUGACUCCAUGCUGGGUGGACCCGUGGACGAAGAGGAGAGGUGGCUGGAUGCUCUGGAGAAAGGAGAGCUGGAUGAUAACGGCGAACUGAAGAAGGAGGUAGAUGAGUCUCUGCUCACUGCCAGACAGAAAGCUCUGCUGCACAAGCAGCAGAUCCAGCCCCUGCUGGAGCUCCCCAUGGGCUACAAGGAGAAGGAGAUGACAGCAGAGAUGAUGCAGAAGAGGGAGGAGCGUGCACGCAAGAGACGCCUGCAGGCUGCCAAGAAGGCAGAAGAGAACAAGAACCAGACCAUAGAGAGACUGACCAAGACCAGCAAGGCCAAGAGCAAAAGCACCAAGGAGAAGAAGUCUAAGCAGAACCACUGCCCCAUGGUGCGCUACAGCGACUCAGUCCAGGGCCUCGCCAUCUCCUUCCCCUCAGGAGUCCCUGUUCCGGCCCUGGCGCCUCCUUGCCCUCCUCCACCAGCUCCUGUGAGCUGUGGCGUGAGCGGCUGCACCAACCUGAAGAAAUACUCCUGCUCCAAGACGGGGGUUCCUCUCUGCAGCCUGGAGUGCUACAAGAGGAACCUGCUGCAGAGCCCAGUGUGAACUCUAAACUGGAACAUUUUCAGUAUAGAGAACUCUUGAGCCUUUUUUGUGUGUAUCUGUGUCAUCCUAAUAGUUACAAAUACACAACUUUGUAUUUUGUAAAAUAUAAGACCUCAGAGUUUGAGUUAAUCACUGUUUGUAUUACUAAUGAG